AUGAGCCGUGUGCGACCCGCAGGUCGGCCGGCCGCGGAGGCCGGCGGGGCGGCGGCGGCGGCGGCGGCGGGGGGUGAGGGCGGCAGCCCGGUGCCGGCGCGCAACACGGCGCGCGUGGCGGCCAAGUUCGCCGAGCUGACGCUGACCGGCGGCUCGCUCAAGCCCGCGCUCGCCGCCAAGCCCGCGCUGCUGCGCCGCCCCACGCCGCACCCGCACCACGCGCGCGCGCCGCCCGCGCCGGCCGCGCCGACCGCGCCGACCGCGCCGCCCGCCGCGCCCGCCGCGCCCGCCGCGCCCGCCGCCGACUGCGAGCCGCCCGCCGACGCGCCCGCCUAGUCGCGGCACGGCCCGCCUCGCACGCGCCGCCGAGGGCAGUGUGUAGCUUCGAGUACAACGGUGCGAUAUAUCAUAUUUUAAUGCGUCACCUGACCAAGUGUUCAUCGUAAUUUUACUAUGUCCACGUACGGGAUAAUAAAAUACUCGUGCCGAUGUUCGCUUCGAGACGUAGCUGUAUACCGUUUGUCCGUGGCGACUGUCUGCACGAGUGAAAACGUUCAGGGUGCACGCUCAUCACCCUCGGUGGUAGCGCGGCGUCGGAGUGUAGUUCUUGUAAGUGUCCAUCGUUUUAUAUUGAAUGUACUAGUAUUGUAAGAGUGUAUUAUUUUUAUACGGGACGAGUGUGACGCGGCGCGACGGCGUCGGACGCGUCGCGACCGAGAAUAUUUCGGGGUACAAAGUAAACAGAGGUGCAUACUUUAAAUUAGGAUUGAAUCGACUGCGGAUGACUGUUUAUUUUCAUAUACAACGAUUUUGUAAUAAUGAUGUAGUGCAUCCUUCUAUUUAAUUACUACGCGUAUGUGUAUUGUCUACCAUCACGUUGCAACGGUAUAAAAUUUUUUUUUAAUUCGAUCAGUGCCCACCCGCGGUGCCGUAGCCGUGCGGUAUCGUGUACAAUGCUAUAUAAGGCUAUGGGUUACGGCGACAGCGCUCGUGCCGCCUGUGUUUGUUAUUAAAGCCGCGGCUCCGGAACGAGAGAACAAAAUUAUAAUAAUCAAAAUAUGUACGCACUCGUUUGUUCUAUCUCGUCGGCAGCCUUCCCCGUGGGUAGAGUAAAGAAUCUUAUUACGCUAUCUGUGAUAUAAAUAUCGGUCUUAUUUUUUUAAAGCUUUAAAUGUCGAGUCUUCGGUGAGAAGGCUUUAAUGACGAGAUAACCGCUCUUAAGAGUACGAACGCACGUGUAGAUGUAACGGGCUCGUGCGAGCGUGCGGCUGCUCGACCUUGUCAGUGGUGGUGACCUUAUAUCGGCAGGCGCAGUGCUCGGAGCCAUCUCGUGCUGUUAUAGUGUGUCGAAUGUGCUGUACACCCGGUAACAUGUACUCAUUAAACCAGUAUUAUCAA